AACAAAAUGUAUCAAAUUGUGUUUACAUAUUGAUCAAAAUAGAUAGAUACGUGUUUCGUAUUGCAAGUAAUCAGUGGGAUAAAAGUAACAUUUAAUAGAAAUUCUGUGAAACAAAUAAACGAAUGCUCGAUGACGAAAGUAUUUGUAUACUAAGGUUAUAUUUUUAACAUAAAAAUAUGCCAUGAAUGACAAACGAAUUACAGUCGAUAAUUCUUAAUAUUUGAAUUUGAAUUAUGUUACUGGAGAUUAUUUGACAAUAAUUAAAUAUGGAUCCUCAGACCAGUAAACAUUUGCAUACAAGACAAAUUAUUGGCAUUUUUCCUAUAUUGGAAUUAAAUGUCGAUGAUGUAGAUGUUCCUUUAAAAAAUCCAACUACAACUUACUUAGAUAUCUUUUUCCUUGUGUCUUCAAUCCUUAUGCACAUCGUGGAUGUGGCAAUUGAUAUUAAUCUUGCUGUAAGAUAUUUAUUAGCUAGAAAGAUAACAUACUUUAUAUGGACAACUGUUUUUAUUCUUUUACCUUCGUUUAUAAAUGUUAUAAUCAGUAGAAGAAUGCAACAACAAGAUGACAAGAUAAACGAAACGUCAAAUCCUUCCAAAUUUAAAUGUAUACAUGCAAUGUUAACAAAAAAAUUAUGUUGCCUUGUACUUGUGGCAUUUCAAUUAGCACCAGUAUUACGUUAUUACAGAACCUUGAAAUAUGCUCUUAAUGCGUACAAGUUUGAAAAACAAGGCGAUCGUAAUGCUCAAAGACGAUAUUAUCUCAAAAUGCUGAGAGAAGAUCAAGAUGUUGCAUUAUUAAGAGUAUCUGAAUGUUUUCUUGAAGCCGCGCCUCAACAAAUUUUACAGUUAACAAUAUUGUUGAAACAUUACCACAGUGAUAUUAACUUUGAAUUUAUUCAUCAGGUAGCUAGUAUUGUUAGCUCCCUUGGAAGUAUGGGAUGGGCAAUGGCUAGUUACCAUCGUAGUAUUAGAUUGGCUCAACAAGAUAAACUAAAUAUCGGUAUUACAGGAACAAUUCUUCAAUUUUUAUGGCAUUUUUGUACUACAGUUUCAAGGAUAUUGUCGCUUAGCGUUGUGGCAAGUAUAUGGCCAUUAUACACAGCCAUUGGAUGUAUUUUUCAUUGGAUUUGUAUGACUAUUUGGAUUAUCAUUGAUUCUCGUUGUAUAUUGGAAUUUUGUAGAGAUUCUGAUCAUGCUCCACAUUGUUCUCCAAAAAUCAAAGAACGCAUUUAUUCUGUAUUAUUUUCUAUAGUGAUUGGUGUAAUACAUGUAUUCAUAUAUCUGAACACCGUGGAUGGUAGUACAUUUCUUAAACAUGUAUUCUUUUAUAUAAUUUGUUUUGUUGAAAAUAUAACAGCAACUGCAUUUUGGAUAUACGCCUCAUCGGAUGAAGUUAAAAAUUCCUGGUACUUUAAUGUACUCAUUGUUCUUUGUAUUGUACCGUUCUUAUUAGGUAUAACAGCUAUGACCGUUUAUUAUGGCGUUUUUCAUCCUUCUUUGAAACAUCAGAAUUGUGCGAAUACAUUAGCCUAGAUCAUUUUUAUUCAUAUUUAAUCUAUAUAUUUAUUACAAAGGAAUUGUACAAAUACGUAAUUUUUACUAACAAUCAUUUAUUUUUAUCAAUCAUAUUUUUUAUAUUUUUAUAAAUCUAUUUGUACGUGAUAUAAAUUGCAAAGCUGAAGAAAUUAUCUGAGUAAUAUCAGAUAAUUUUGAUAUUAUAUCUAGUAUAUUGUUCAUACAAUUUUUUUACUA